AUGCAUAUCCGUGAGAAGCUGGCGAAGAAUGAGGCGGAGGGAAAGACAGGUAUCUCAUUCGAGUUCUUUCCCCCCAAGACCGCUCAGGGUGUGCAGAACCUGUAUGACCGAAUGGACAGGAUGCAUGGAAUGGGUCCCUCCUUCAUCGACAUCACCUGGGGUGCGGGCGGUCGCUUGGCAGAGCUGACCUGCGAGAUGGUCAACGUCGCACAGUCAGUAUAUGGAUUGGAAACUUGCAUGCACUUGACUUGUACGGAUAUGCCACUGGAGAAGGUCGAUCAGGCGCUGCAGUCGGCUUAUAAGGCGGGCUGCACCAAUAUUCUGGCUCUCCGCGGAGACCCACCCCGAGACAAGGAGACAUGGGAAGCGGCCGAGAAUGGGUUCCGGUACGCAAAGGAUCUGGUGAAAUACAUUCGGGAGAAGUACGGCAACCACUUCGAUAUCGGUGUCGGUGGCUACCCCGAGGGCGCUGAUGAUAACUCCGACGUGGAUCAAUUGAUCGACCACCUGAAGGAGAAGGUGGACGCAGGCAGCACUUUCGUGAUUACUCAGAUGUUCUACGACGUGGAUAACUUCAUCAAAUGGGUGGACAAGUGCCGUGCAAAGGGCAUCAAUGUCCCCAUCAUCCCUGGUAUCAUGCCCAUCCAAACCUACGCUGCUUUCAUUCGUCGGUCAAGCUGGACCAAGAUUCGAGUCCCCCCUCAGUGGAUGGAGGCUCUUGAACCCGUCAAGAACGACGAUUCUGCUGUUCGAGACAUCGGAAAGACUCUGAUCGCGGAAAUGUGCCGACAGCUGAUUGCUGCCGGCAUCAAGCAUUUGCACUUCUAUACGAUGAACCUGGCCCAAGCCACUCGUUUGGUCCUCGAGGAGCUCGACCUUUGCCCCUCAGAUGAAUCCCCCAUCCAACGUGCCCUGCCCUGGAGGCCAUCUCUUGCUCUCGGCCGCAGAUCAGAGGAUGUGCGCCCAGUGUUCUGGCGCAACCGAAACUCUUCAUACGUCGCCCGUACUCAGACAUGGGAUGAAUUCCCCAACGGUCGCUGGACCGAUUCUCGCUCUCCUGCGUUCGGUGAGCUUGAUGCAUACGGUGUGGGCCUGAAGGGCACCAACGAACAGAACAUCAAGCUGUGGGGUGAACCCAAGUCGAUCAAGGAUCUCUCGGACAUUUUCGUGCGAUUCUUGACUGGUAAAUUGGACCGCCUGCCCUGGAGUGACUCACCAAUCACCACCGAGGCCGCAGAAAUCGAGUCUGACUUGCUCAAGCUCAACGAGCGCGGUUUCCUGACCAUCAACUCUCAGCCCGCCGUCAAUGGAGUCAAGUCUUCUCAUCCCGUCUACGGCUGGGGUCCCAAGAACGGUUUCGUCUACCAAAAGGCCUACCUGGAACUUUUGGUUCCUUCAAACUUGAUUGACGAGCUCAUCACUCGCAUCGAGAAGAACGACGACCUGACCUACCACGCCACCAACAAGAAGGGCGAGCUCAAGACCAACACCCGUGACAGCCCCAACGCCCUCACAUGGGGUAUCUUCGCAGGUCGCGAGAUUAUUCAACCCACCAUUGUCGAGACAGUCAGUUUCCUGGCCUGGAAGGAUGAAGCCUUCCUGCUCGGCGAGCACUGGUCCAAGUGUCACGAUGCAGCCAGUCCCAGUCGCAAGCUGAUCCAAGGCGUUAUGGACGACUGGUACCUGGUCAACAUUGUCGACAACGACUUCCACAGAUCCAACGCCGUCUUCGGUCUAUUCGACGGUCUCGACAUCAAAGAUCUGAACGUCGAAGUAGCCGGAAAGCCCACAACCAACGGCACCGAACCAAACGGCGCCGCCAACUAA